CCCCGAAGGUUCAUGCACAUGCCUAGAUCUGUCAAAAUACGAUCAGUUUCCAGCGUGAUUCGCCUGUGUUUCAUUCAUACCUCUUGUGUUUAUUCGUUGUCACUCAUUUCAUUUGAAACUAACCACCGCGAGCCUCGAAAAGUGAUGUAACCAGUGAAGAAAGCAAAUAUUCAAGCUUCAAUAACUCCGCGAGCUUUUUUAUCAAAGUAAUGUGUUGUUCGUGUCGUUUUGACUUUGUAAUAACUCAAGCGAGCCGCGUAUUCCGGGCACAUCAAUAAUCCUCAUGGAUUUCACGAUGACCGACAAGUAAUUACGGAGUGGAGGUGUAUCCUAGUGAAAAAUAAGACACAAACCAAUUUGUUGAUCUAUUUGUUAGACCAACCGAUCGUAGACGACGGUUGCAGAAAUGAUAGAAUUCUACCCAUCUUCUUUGGCUGCUACCUCUACCCUCAAUCAUCAAGAUGGAGGACCGGGCAUUGGCUCCACAUCCUCGAGUCAAUUCCGGCCGACAGCAAUGGUCAAUGAUCACGCAAGUAAGAAUUUUUCUGAUCCAAGUGCAACGGUGAAAACAGAAUGCGGUUCAAUGAAAACGAUUUGCGCGGGGUGUGGUCACGGAAUUUCGGAUCGCUACAUCAUGAGGGUUUCGGAAAAAAAUUAUCACGAAGACUGCCUUGCUUGUGCAGAGUGCGGACGCCUUUUGUCGUAUUCUUGUUACACUCGCGACGACCUCAAGUUGUACUGUCGGCCGGACUAUGAGCGAAUAUUUCGAGCUAAAUGUGCUCGUUGCGGUGAAAAAUUAAGUCGUUCCGAUUUGGUUAUAAAACACGAACCUUUGAUUUUUCAUGAGAUCUGUUUCGCCUGCUGCAUCUGUGGCCAAACCCUUCUAAAAGGAGCACAAUACCUCUUUCGACAAGGUCAACCAAUUUGUAGGAGAGAUUUCGAACACGAUUUAUUUCUCAACUGCUCUCAAGAUGACGAUAUAUUGGAUGAGAAUCGGCCGCGCGAUGGUCGCAGGGGUCCGAAAAGACCACGAACGAUUCUCACCUCGGCUCAGCGACGCCAGUUCAAAGCUUCCUUCGAGCUGUCUCCAAAACCUUGCAGGAAAGUGAGGGAAGCACUUGCCAAAGAAACUGGAUUGAGUGUCCGGGUGGUGCAAGUUUGGUUCCAAAAUCAGCGAGCGAAAAUGAAAAAACAGCAAAGAAAAGCUAAAACGGAGCCUGGCACGGAGAAGGAAGCUAAAGAAGAGCGGAGGCUGGAGAGCCCGCACAGUGAUCACAGUCAUUACUUGAACGCCCUGAAUAUGCGUGAUGCUGAAACUUCUAGUUUUCCCUUGGCCACCCAACCACUCGACCCCAAUAAUCCGUACUCACCCGACGAUGCCUAUCCAGGAAAUUCAGGAGAAAGUUUUUGCAGUAGUGAUUUAUCUCAGGAUGGAACGGAAGCUGGUUUCGAUAUAGGCGACAGCGAAAGUAGAGCAGCACCCGAUGGUCAUCAUGCCAGUUCGCUUUCUCAUGGGGGAUCGUCCCAGGAGGCUCCUUCAUUAUCUCAGAGCCUGCACGUAGCGAUACAUAACCCUAUUGACAAAUUGUUCAUGAUGCAAAGUAGUUAUUUCAGUGGAGAUCAUUCAUAACUUAUUAUUCUCGUUUUUUAUUACUUUCAUAUUAUUAAUAAGUAUUUAUUAUUCUGGAUCGCUCGAUAAAAAUCGUUCAUCACUAAUCAUAUCUGUUUGAAAAUUAUAUUUAUUACCGGAACAUUUGUAUGAUAAGUAAUUGCUGAUCCAACGAUGUAAACAAUUUCAUUGAUUGCAAACAGCUCACAUUAUAUUUCGAUGUAAAACGCAGUUGUGAAGAUGAACAUUAUGCUUUACAAAUUAA